ACGGUAACUUGUUGCGGCUCGGGGCGAGUUUAGGCCAAAGUCCCGGUCUACCGCGAAUGCAUCACAUCGCCACUAUAAAACGCGCACCCUUGACCCCGUCGGAAACCCAUCGUUCCGCCGCCGCGACCGCGAUGGCGUACCGCCGGAAGCCGCAGUCCUCCUUCGAGCACCACCACCACCACCCGCACCCCGUUAGCCCUCCCUCCCCGCCGCAGGACUCCCUCGCCGCGCAGGCCAUGCGCGCCUCCGCCGCCCACCGAGACGCCUCUUCUCUCUCCUCCGCCUACUCCUCGGCUGCCUCCGCGGCCGCCGCCGCUCGCAGGAGCCACGAGCCCUCCGUCUCCACCCCUUCCCCUGACUCUUCCAGCUAUGGGUACACGUCCAUGAAGAGCUUGAACGAAGCCAAGUACGGAUUUUGGGGGACGCUUGCUCGGAAAGCAAAGUCACUUAUUGACGAGGAUGGGUCGCCGGAGCAGUAUGAUUCCCCGACGAGACAGCAGCCGCCAAGAGAUGGUACAUCACCAGCUAUCCAUAGACAACACUUGCAACAGCCAGCGCCAGAGACAUGGAAAUCCGAGACACCUCCAUCUCAGAAGAGGUCCGAGGCAUUAGCUUCCUCCCUUAACUAUAUUGGAGGCACAAUAAAGAGUGCCCUCGAAGAAGGUCGGACUAUUGUAGAGACUAAAACAGCUGACAUUAUUCAGGAGACGCGUAAACUGAAUAUAAGGCGGAAAGGAGCUGGAUCAAAUCCACAAGGAGAAACUUCUCACAAAUUUGCUCACAGAAAUUUUCCUCAAAAUCCACUCGAUUACGAAACUCAGUUGAAGGCAUCUCGCGACGUUGCAAAUGCCAUGUCAGCAAAAGCAAAGCUGCUAUUACGUGAACUGAAGACUGUGAAGGCAGAUUUAGCUUUUGCGAAGGAGCGCUGUGCUCAGCUUGAGGACGAGAAUAAAAUGUUGCGAGAAAAUCAAGACAAUGGUGAUAACCCAGAAGAUGAUGAUCUGAUCCGCCUACAAUUAGAGACACUAUUAGCUGAGAAGGCGCGGCUUGCACAUGAAAACUCGGUGUAUGCUCGAGAAAAUAGAUUCCUACGUGAAAUUGUAGAGUAUCACCAACUUACUAUGCAGGAUGUCAUAUAUGUGGAUGAAGGCAUCGAAGAGGUCACUGAGGUGUACCCUACUCAAGUACUGCCUCCAGCGUCUGCUCGCACUGGGUCGGGCCUAGGUCGCGCAUCAACUCCAGUGACACUCAAACAUGUUAACUCAUCUCCGGCCUCCACAUCCGCCCUUCCGGAACCUUGUCCGGUCGUGCCGGUUUCUCCGAAGAUGCUUUCUCGGGCUUCAUCUCAAAGCAAAUAGAGGGAGCCUGGCAGCACCAGCCACCGUUCAACAGGUAAAGAUGGUUGGUGGUGUGAUACGAGCAACACAUAUACUGUAACGGAGGUUGCGGCGCCAUUGUGCCUGUGGGAUGUUGUGGCCUCUGGGCUGUGGUGAAUACACGCAGGAUCUGUGAUGUGUGUAUGAUCCGUGUUGUAACUUGUGAGAUUUUUCUUUCACAUCACCAUGCUUGCGAAACUACGCAUUGCCGGGUUGCAUUUGUCUCUUAAGUUGAGGACUUGAUGCUGAGGCCAAAUUCAA